AUGCUGCGCCAGCUCCUGCUCCUCAGCUGCACCCUCCUCGCCAUCGCCCACGCGCUCAGCUGCAUGAAGGGAUGGGAUGGUGGGAAAAAAGUUGAUUGCGCUCCCGACGCGAAGGCUUGCGGCACGCUCGCUCAAACCGCCGACAAAGUGUACCGAAAUUGCUACAAGGAAUGCGCGCCGGCCGACUACAGCAGCGAAACCAUCGAGGAGAAGCAGUUCGGCGGCAAGUUGACGUGCUGCACCAGCGACUACUGCAACACCAACGCCAGCCCGGCGACGAUGCCCGUCAUGCUCGCCGUGGCCAGCCUCCUCCUCGCCGCCCUCAUCUUCCGCGAA